AUGAAGCUCAAUCAGGCCAAAUGCACUUUCGCCGUCACAUCCGGAGAAUUUCUCGGGUAUAUUGUCACCAAGAGAGGAAUCGAAGCAAAUCCACGAAAAAUCACAGCCAUUGCGGAACUCCCAUCUCCAAAAAACACGAGAGAAGUCCAACGAUUGACAGGACGCAUCGCUGCACUCAACCGAUUCAUCUCGCGCUCGACAGACAAAUGCCUCCCUUUCUACCAACUUCUACGACACAACAAACGUUUCGAGUGGGACGCGAAAUGCGAAGAAGCCUUUCAACAGCUGAAGCAAUAUUUAUCCACACCACCGAUUCUGGCCAAACCCAAAGAUGGAGAAGUAUUGUACUUAUACAUAUCAGUCUCCGCAUGCGCUGUAAGCAGUGGUUCGCGAAGACCGUGGAGAGCAGCGUCCAAUCUUCUACACCAGCAAGGUUCUCGACAACGCUGA